ACCUAAUAAAACCGUGACCCGCCAUUUUUCCUCGGUUGCUCGGAGCUUGGAUUAGGGUUUUGAGGGCAGCGUUCUGUGUUUUAUUGCGGCUUCUAUCAGUCGUCUUACCCCAUAACAAUGGCGGAACAGACAGAGAAGGCCUUCUUGAAGCAACCUAAAGUGUUCCUCAGUUCGAAGAAAUCCGGAAAGGGUAAGAGGCCUGGAAAAGGAGGGAACAGAUUCUGGAAGAGCAUCGGGUUGGGUUUCAAGACUCCCAGAGAAGCCAUUGAAGGGACUUACAUUGACAAAAAAUGCCCAUUCACUGGUACCGUGUCCAUCCGGGGCCGCAUUCUUGCUGGUACCUGCCAUAGUGCCAAGAUGACAAGGACUAUCAUCGUUCGCCGCAACUACCUUCAUUUUGUGAAAAAAUACCAAAGGUAUGAAAAAAGACACUCAAACAUUGCUGCGCAUAUAUCACCAUGUUUCCGUGUGAAGGAGGGAGACCAUGUUACCAUUGGGCAAUGCAGGCCUCUUUCAAAGACUGUAAGGUUUAAUGUACUGAAAGUGAUUCCAGCUGGGUCCUCUGGAGGUGUGAAGAAGGCUUUUACUGGGGCGUAAUCCUGAGUUUGUAUGCUGUUAAUGGGUGGGGUGUUAGAGAUGGCAGCUCUUAACAUUCACGUUCGCAUCCACUCAUAAUUUUCUUCACAGGAAAAUUUUUUUGUAAGAGUUUUGCUUUAGUUGAUAUUCAGAUUUUAUCAAACACUAUUGAAUUGCGAUCGUGCGUUUGAAAGUUCAAUUGCCUCGAAACUCUCGUAGCCAUUCUGAACGAAAA